AUGGAAAAUGAAGGAUUAGAAUCUAAAUUACAAAAACGAAAUAAUUUAGCUGAAAAUCUUAAUAAAUUAUGUUAAUCUAUGGAAUUAUGCAAUGAAUCUAAAUUAUUCAUGGAUAAAGGAAGAGUUUAAAGAAGUGGAUUAUAGCCACACUAAAAGUAUAAGUAAAAAAAUUUGAAAAUAUUAUUAAUCAUUCAAAAGUACCUAUUUUAGAUACUCCUGAAUAAUAUGAUGAAAAAAUUGUUACAGAAUUUACAAGAGAUAGAAAGAGUAUAUUUGUCUUGGCUAGUUCUAAAAAUGAAAAAGCUAAAUUUUUGA